AUGUUUUUUAUAAUUGCUUCAAUUGCUUUAUUUAUUCUUCGUACAUUACCAGUAUUUCAAAUAGCUGAAUAUGAUACUCUAACUGCGUAUACUAAUGAUAAUACAGUUGAACAAAUAUUGGUACAUAAUACACAACAACAUGAAAUAAUUUCAAGUUUUGAUACUAUUGAAUGGAUUUAUUUUCUUGGUACAUUUUUGUUUUUUUUUACUUAUAUCAUCUACAAUAUCUUUCAUUUUGAUGGUUAUAAUGCUGCAUUAGAUCUUUUAUCAACUAUUCGUGUAGCACGUAUGUUUAAAUUAUGUAAUCUUCAUCCACGAUUAAAAGUUAUCACAACAUCUAUGUCAUAUUCAUCAAGUGUAUUAAGUUUAUUGAUAUUUUUCUUUUUUCUUGCCAUUAUGAUAGCCGGUUCAUCAAUGUAUUAUGUUGAACGUUUAAGUAAUUCAGCUGAUAAUCAAUUAAUAUCAAUUGUUGAAGGUAUAUGGCUUGCAUUAAGUACAAUAAGUACACUUGGUUUUGGUGAUACUGUACCAAAAUCAUUAGGUGGAAUGAUAUUUGGUGCAAUAACAACAAUAGUUGGUGUAUUAAUUAUUGAUUUACCAAUGCCAAUUAUUGUUGAAACAUUUGCUAAUUUUAAUUCACAUUUACAAGCUCGACAACAAUUACCUAAGCAAAGAAGGCGAAUAACACCAGCUAUUAUACCAAGAAAAAUAAAACCAUUAAUGCCACCAAAUGGGCAUGAUCAUCAACAUCGUUUUUAA